AUGACUGUUGGAGAGGUGUACGAUCAACAUCUUAGUACACCCCCAAAACCCAGCACCAACACGAAGGUUCAACAUCCCCCUCCCCGCGAUGAGACCCCUGUUGCGUCGGCACACAUUACACCAAAACCUAUUGCGUUAUUCUGUCUUUUUACAGACUACAUCUUCAGCCGCUACGCCAUUGGUGAUCAGCUGGGGAAAGGCGGUUUUGGCGUGGUGUAUGAAGGGAGACGUUUGGAUGACGAUCUUAAAGUGGCUGUGAAAUAUGUCACAAAGACUCAGCACACGGAGUGUAUUUUCAUCGCCGAUCAUCCAAACCCUCUUCCGAAAGAGAUCGCCCUCACCAUCCUGGCCAACAAAGGUCACAGAGUGCCGGAGAUAAUCAGGCUGCUGGACUGGACGGACCACCCUGACCACUUCGUCCUGGUCCUGGAAUGUCCCUCUCCCUGCGAGAAUCUGGUAGAGUUCAUGAGGCGCCACGGUGGAAGAAUCGAUGAAGAAACGACGCGCCAGAUCAUGUGGCAGGCGACUUACGCUGCACAUAAGUGCUGCCUCCGCAGAGUCUUCCACCGUGACGUCAAACUGGAGAACCUACUGAUCAACAUCGAGACAUCCGAAGUAAAGCUGAUUGACUUCGGAUGCGGGGACAUUCUGGGGACUUCAUCCUACAAGUCCUACCACGGCACAGCAAAGUACUCCCCUCCAGAGUACCACCGCAGGGGAGAGUACCACGGCUGGCCAGCGACGGUCUGGUCACUAGGGGUCGUGAUGUUCGCACUGUUGUGUGGACACUUCCCUAGCGACCAUGACCUGUUGCUGCUGCAGAAGAAGCGCUGGUCCAAACCUGGCCUGUCAAAAGAAUGCUGUGACCUCCUCGGGGCUCUCCUCCAAGAAAAGCCCAUCCGGAGACUUGGUUUGGGGCAAAUCGUGUUCCACAGCUGGUUUAUGGUAGGGAACCUGAGAUCAGCUAUAAAGAAUUAAUUACUGGUGGGAAGGAACCAAAAGGUCCGACCCGUUCUCUUUCUGUUUUGUUUCAGGCCCUCUUGUAGGACCGCUCCAGUUGGCGUCUCUUCAUCCCUCCUCUCACCUUUGCGUCUUGCGGGGCGAGCAGGCCUCGUGUAGCGUCUUGCGCCCCGGCUUGAGGAAGCAGUAUUUGCGUCUGGCGGUACUGCUUCCGGAGGGAUGUGUACAUAUUGUAUAUAUGGACAUACUUCUUCUGAUUGCCACUUUUUGGUUUUUUAUUUUUUUUUUAUUUUAAGUUAUUUUUAAUAGUUUACAGUAAUGUUCCUGUUGUUCUUAGAACGUUCAAAAUGUAUUUUUUUUAGAAGUUUUAUUAACGUUAUUGUUUGGUUGUAAAGAACGUUAUUAAAAAUGUUCUUAGAACGUUCCACCAACAAUGACAUGCAAACCUUGAAAUUAUUAGA